AUGAGUCGUCUUCAGGCUGUCUUGGAUGUGAGCGAUUUCCUAUCAGACCUGCCGAGUGACCUAAAGAGCACACUUGGAUAUUCGAAAGAUUCAGACACAGAGCAAUGGUAUACGGUUUUCGCUCCUACAAACAAUGCCUGGAGGAAAGCCAAACAUGGACUGAACAAAAGUCUGAUUGAAGCUUUGGCAAGAAAUCAUGUUUUGGAUAGAAUGAUCUGUUCUGGGGCUAUCACGCGCAACUCUAACUUCUGUGGUCCAAAUUGGGCUGACAGCUGCCUGAGCAUGGGUGUCAAGCCUUCUGGAACAAAGUAUGUUGUAGACAGAUGCGGUAGCGAGGCCAGUAUCUUAAAACCGGAUUUGAUGGCGAGAAACGGUGUGGUGCAUGUCAUCGAUGGAGUGAUAUUUUCUCCAGAAUGUGAGUUCCUUAAAGUUGCUAACAAGAAUGAAAAAAAAAUUUGA